AUUUUGCUGCGAUGCCUUUUCCGGCGCUAUUCCUUUUCGCGCUUUGUCGGUGGUCAGAGCGGUCAGAGCGGCGCUCCGCCCGCGUUAUCAAUGGGAUCAGCCGGCAGUGAACGGUGGAUGAUAAGAGAAUAGAAUCGAGCUAAAGACAUCAUCGCCUGCAUCUCUACACAUUCGCGGCCACGGUGAUCACGGCUUUCUGGGUCGAGGGUGUGUUCGGAUAACCGGAACAACUGCUGCUACGCUCGCUAGCAGAAGAGAUGCGUCGGAUUCUGCUUGAAAUGUGACGAAACGAGGACUAAAUCGCUGCGUCCUUUCGGCUUUAUGAGGCAACACGCCUUCUCUUGCCGUUCUUCAAUGCAGGGAGUCUGGGAAUGGACCACAGGUCAGACUCAAAAUGGGUCCUGACCUCCAAAGAUGGCACAGUCCACCCACUACCCGCAGGGAUGAUAUUCAUUGGGCGUCAGGAAUGCGACAUCAUAGUUGAUUCUGCUAGCGUGGACAAAAGGCAUGCAGUGAUAUUCUUCAACCCGAGUGACAAAUGCUUUCAUGUGAAGGACCUCAACAGUGUCACAGGGACAUACCUGAAUGGUGUUCGAAUACCGGAACAGUCUUACGUCAAGCUCAACCAUUUGGAUUCUCUCCGCUUCGGUUAUGGGCAUGAGGUGUUUUGUGUCCACAAGACUACUGAUCGUGCAGUGCCUUUGGAUUCUGCGUCGCCCAAAAGGACCGUGCCUGGAUUCGGCGAUGGAGAUCUGGUCAUAAGAGAGGAUUCCAGUGCCAACAGAACAUUCUCGCGUGACAGUCCAGCUUCUGACAGCUCCGACAAGAUGCAGCGCUCUGGUAACAUGGCUCAAAAUACAACAUUCUUGUGCGAAAGUCCAAGUCGGGAUGCACCGUCUCAGCUCGGCAGUCCCACGCGUUCCUCGCAACCUACGGAAGAUGUGAUACCGCAUCGGAUGAAGCUUUCUUCCCCUUCGGGUUCCCCAGCAUCGGAAGCAAAGCCUCUCUCUUCACCGGGAUUGGCUCAAAGGACUUCUCCGCCCCUGACCUCAACUCCCAAGGAACCCUCGCCCCCAACCUCAAGCCCUCGCAGCGUGGUGGCGUCUCCGCCAAUGUCCCCACAGACGCCUGCUGCGGCUGCAACCCCCUCCCCCUCGGGGUCUGAUCCCACCAGCCCGCAGAAAGCAUCUUCAAGUUCUCCAUCCAGUGCUGAGAAAGAGGCAUCUCUGUCAUCCCCUGUGAUGCAGGAUGCGGACUCUCUGGAGGACUUGAGCAGAACCGAGGAUUCUCUGAGCACAGUGAGGGAGGUUCUCCCUGGUAGACCGCCUCCUACGAAGCCCACCACCUUGUCCUGGAAACCAUUGCAUUCACUCGGCAAGCCACGUGCACCACCACCACCAAAGGAGAGAUCUGAAGAAAAGGGUGAUGAUUCAUCGCCUGGAGGCUGUGGAGCCAAAUCCACACCCUCAAAGGAUGAACAGUCACCCUGUCCCGACACUCCCGCCUCCCAGACGCAGGCGUCUGGCUCGAACUCUAUGGCCUUCACGAUUCAUUUUGACAACGACACGACCGGCGGCAAACCGCUGGCCCUCAAGGACAGCAUACGCAAGUUUGCACCUCCGAAACCAGAGUCUGAGCGAACGCCGUCCAAGAGCCGGGCCUCCCCAGUGUCAAAGCCCAGCGAGCCAUUGGUAGCCACAGGCGGGAGCGGUCGGAGGACGCCCACUAGUCCCAAUAAUGCGGCCGACGCGGCGAAGCGGCGCUGGAGCGGCACAGAAGGGCGUGGCAGGAGUAGCGGUGGAGGGUGGAGCUCAGACGUCGAACCCAGCCGCCAGGCGAGGCGGCAGGAUGACCAGCGUCUGAGCGACUCGGCCUCUUACCUCAUCCAGAGAAUGCUUAAUGAUGGGCCUGCGCGAGUACCGUUGCCGGGUCCGGUUGGGGGUGUCUCGUCGUCGGCGUCGCGUGUUGAGCCAAGCUCCGGCCCGGAGCAGGUUUUGUCUCCUGCUGAUGAUCGGAGCGAGACUGGCACAUACACGGUUGAGACGGACCGUGUAGACCCCGAUGUGGAGGAGGCCCGCCGUAAGAUUGACGAGGUGUUUGGUGUGUCCUCGUACAGCCACCCGUCCAGUCUAGAGCAGUACCAGAGGGUGAGGCCGGAAGGUGAAGGGGCCUCGGGUUCCAAACCGAGGAGCCAGGGUAAUGUUCAGAGCUUGUGUUUCAAGUUCGGUGGUGGUGGUGGUGGUGUCAGUGGCCUUGCAUGUGGUUCCGUUGAUCUCGGCCGCCCUAAACGACGGCUUCCCACACCGCCCUCGGAGCGGGCUCCGUUGGACGUCUUCGUGCCAUCCACAGAAAGCAGCAGUGCUGCAAACACUGCGAGGAGGUCUGCUCCCGCGGCUGUUCAAGUGUCCACUCCAUGUGCCAAUGCCACUGCAAGAAAGAGACUGGGCUCCGCUGGAAGCCGCCCAAGUCCCCCAUGCUCUCCGCCCAGAACCCACCGGACCACAUUCACCAAGACUCCAUCCAACAAAGUCAUGUCAACGUCAUUUGGUGACGGCACCUUUUUACGGCAGACGCCAGCUGCCAGCAGUUCCACCCAGCGCCGAAGUGCGCCGACGCAGCGCAAGUCAUGGGGGCUGACUGGCUCCGAAGCUGACUUGGCAGCCAGCGGUGAUCCAGCUUGUGGCUCGGAGGAGACUGCCAGUGUUGUGUCCGAUACCAGCACAGAGCCGUCGUCCCACAGCUCGGGCUCCAGGGGCGGCCCACAGAUGAAGCUGAACCGGGCCUUUGCUCUGAGGAGGGCGCGACUGGGGCUACCAGAGGUGGGCGGGCUUCCCCCCGCGACGGCGGCACCUUCGCGCGGGAAAACGCCCCACCAUGGCAGCAAUCCCAACCUCUCAAGGCAAGAUGGCGGCCGCUUCAGCCUCCGCCUGCCUCGAGGAGUCAGAGCCACAGACGUUGGUGUUACACGGGCAGAGCUGCUUCGUGGGAAAGCCCAUCAGCGCAACGACAGUGAUCCCACGGCUGCCUAUCGUUCGCAGCAGCACUCUGUGUCAGACGGAGAAAGCCGUCACCACUCCCCGCGAGUCCAGAGGAAGCAGCCGGCUGGCACAUCCUACAUUUCGGACGGUGAUGACGAUGCCCGGACAGGGUCUCCAGUUCAGUUUGGACGCUCGGCAUCCUUUGGCGGCCACCGUGACCUUGCACUGACACCAGCUGCACCUGAUAGGCAGCACCGGGGUCGCUCUGGAGCGAUGCCGACGACAGGCAGCUCGCUGUCACGCGGUGAAACAUUCCUCAAGGGAGGUGCAGGAGCCAGCGGCAGCACCUUUGUCCGAAGUGGACGCAAGCCAGAGAGGCAGUCUGGCGACGGAGAGAGCAAGACACCUACAGAAAAUGGUGUCAAGACUCCGUCCACGACACCGGGCAGGAGAGAGCUGACGGCAUUGGACAGUUUGGUAAUCUCUGCCAUACACCAGCUGUCUGGAAAGCUGCGUACUAGCGCCCGCACGCUCAUCGAGAAGGAAAGGCUGAAGUAUCCAGAAAACAGUGAUGUCAGGCUUAUGUUAGAAGAGGUUCUUCCGAGGGUUGUUGAGAGGCGACCCAGCGACUCUCCGACUGACGGCAACCUGACAAGAGAGCUUUCAAGCAUCCUGAAAAACCUCAAGAGGAUCGAACAAAGCCUUGAAGUGCUGAACUCUCUGGCCCCAUGCGAAGAUGGCAGCUCGUCAGCUGUCGCCCAGGAAACCACGACCAAAACCACCGCGCCUGCUGCCCAGAAGCCGAGGGGUGGCUUUUUCUACGUGGACGUUUGAGAAGCGGUGGUGUGCUAGACAUCCCUUAGCUACACCCAUCGAGAUUGACCAUGUCUGCCAGUGGAAACUUUGCAAAACUGCUUGCCUGUUUAGGGAGGGUAGGCGCGAUUUUGUGGGAUCAUGACCUUAUAUUGACACUUGUCCACUCGCAUCCGUUUUCCUACAGUUUAUUUUUUAUCCUCCUAGCUUUGUUGCUCUGGGUUGAGCUCUGCGACAUUUCAUUGCAAGCACUCCUAGCAAAAGUUCUCACUCAAGAAUCUGAAGGAUUGUGCUCAAUGUUUGCAGUAUGCCACUUGAGGAUGGCCGUCAUUUUCUUUACAACGUGGUUCACUUGGGCACAUCCUGAAAGGCGCUGUUUUAGAUGAUAUUUAUGUUCUUUUCUUCUAAUUUGUUCUUUUAUGUUUUUUUAAGUAAAGCCUCGAUAAUUUAAACUCUGAAAAUUUUUGGACCCUGGAAGUUCAAGUUACUCGGGAUUCCCAAUCAACAAUGUAAAUUUGACCAGAUAAUUUCAGCAUCCAGCCUGCCACUUCCUGGUUAGUAAUUCACAAACUUGGCUGCAGCAACAAGACUUCCGAUCUCGUAGAUUUGGUGAGUCAUGUCCAAAUUCAAGCGCCAGUGAUGGCUCCGUCUGAGUUACAGAAGCCAGUCUCAAAGGCCAUGCUCUUGCUCACUACAUUCAGCGGAAGCAGUUAUAAGAGCCAGAAGCGCGUCACACCAUGUGCUGCGGCGUGACAGUUCAGAGUGACUGAAAGGAGCAGCCAGAGCAACUCGCACGGUGUCGUGGUAGUUGCUGGUUGAUUGCUUGCGGAACUGAACUCCGUUUCACACAUGCGGCCAUCAGUCCAGCCUGUGCAACUCGUGCCUGAUCUGCGAAGUAGUCUAUGGGUACGAGCAUUAAGGGCGAGAAUUGCACGACGUACAACACUUGGAAAGCCGAGAAAUCGGCUCGACUACGAAAGUGACAGCCUGAGUGGUUGCAAAUUUGUUUGCGGUUGCCACAUUUGCGGUAUAUGUGGUAGUUUUAAGAAUUGAGCGAAAAUGGAGAGAAUUAGCUUUGGCCAUGGGGGAUUUUUUAAAGUUCAACUAAACUUAAUUAUAUACACGGGUGUUAUUGCAUUUUGCCCCCGCUGAAAUGCAGCCGCCAUGGCCGGGAUUGAACCGGGACCUUGAGCUUGGCAGUGCUAGGGCAUAGCCGCUGCACCGACGCGGAGGGUUUCACGCAAUAAGGGUGUGCCACCUUUGUAAACAUUUUAUGACUGGUUUUUACGUUUGUGUUAUUUUUAGAUAAUUGGGAAUCCUAAUUAAUUGGAAUGUAUCUCUGUCUGGAAGACGUUGAAUUAACGAGGUUUUACUAUAUUUUGUCAUCUCAAUAGCUUGCGAAUAAAUGCGCGAGCCAUAUAGUCAUUUUUACGCCAGCGCAGCUAACGUGUACAAAAAUACCGACCAUGUCCGCUGUUGUUAAGCAUGGAGUCCAUCCUUGCGAUGAACUUUCGCCCUGUUUUGUUUUUUGUUCACAAACUGAAUUUACAGAGCAAAUCUUGUUCUACGCCUUGUACAUAGACAUGUAAAUGAGAAGGCACUGCUUUGUGAUACUUUAAGGGGCUGCAUUCAAGCCUUCAGUGAUGCAUGUGUUGACAGUAUACAUAAUGUAUUGUACAUUGCUGUUGAUAUUAUAUAGAAAAUUUCCUCUUAUAGCAUUGUAUGCUUUCUCCUCAAAAAAGCGAGCUUGAAAUACUGAAGUGUGCUUUGAGACAAAUCCUCGGCUAGAAGGGAUUGCAUGUUUCAGGGCAUAAUAUAAUAAAGGCAGCUCUCUAAAAACUGGUGCACUUUUUUUUUUCCCCCGGAUUGCUGAUGUUAUGCCGUUUGAUUCAUACAAUAAAAAGUCUUCCGAAUCUGUGUUAAAGAA